UUGUACAUAUUUUCCCGCAACCGUGCGAUUGGGUUUAGUCUUCUGCGAGCUUUUGAACGGUGUGGAUCACCUCUCCCUGGAUCCCAAGGAGAGUUUUGGAGUGUGUGUGUGCGCCAACGGGACGGUACACGGAAGAGGAGUACGAAGUGCGAGGAGUGAAUUUCAAACGGGACUUGAAGGUCUGCCGCUUGUUGUCCAGAAGGUUGGCCCUGAUAGUGUUUGGUGUCGCGGAGAAAUCAGUGCGUGAAAAAUCGACAACUAAGGAGAGGAUAGUGACAGAGCAAGUAAGGGCCGCUGGGCUGGCCACCAGCUGACACGGAAAGUGAAGUUCUGGAUCGCGCGGGAUCGCGUUUUUCGGUGCUACUCCAGCGUCGUGAAAGUAGAAAUCGUAGGAAAGUGAUAGUGGUGGCUAGGGGCUAGUUGUUGCCUCGGAAGACGUUGUACAGUGGAGAGAUCAACGAACGGAACCGCGUAAGAACUGGAGUAGGACGGAAUAGCUUUAAACCCGUUAAAAUGCGUUCGACACGCGGGUUGUUUGCUGCAGUCGGAGUACUCGCGAUGUGUAAUGUGCUAACUAUCGCGCAAGCUCUCCAAGGUUACUACGGGACAAAGAUCGGCGAUCUUACCCAGCUGCAUCAUGGUGUUUCCGGGUCGGUUUACGCAGUAGAUGCCCGGACUUUGUUUCUGAAGAAUUUAAACUACGAUGGCGAAGGUCCUGCGGCCUAUUUUUAUGUCGGCAAUACUCGAGCUCCAAGCAACAAAGGUGCUUACCGGCUGCGAGACGAAAGGGGACGCGCUGGCAUUCUACGAAAGUAUCGCAAUGAGGACAUCACGCUUUCCCUUCCGGAAGGCAAGACACUACGCGAUAUCCGGUGGUUCUCGAUUUGGUGUGAUGAUUUCAGCGUAAAUUUCGGCGAUGUGGUCAUCCGAAAUGAUUUGGAUUUUCCGCGGCCAACAAAAAUCGGGGCGCUAUCGGGAAUACACGACGUUAGUUCGGACAGUAUUGUGAUUGUGGACGCGCAGACGCUGUUGAUACCAAACUUUAACUACGAUGGAGAAGCACCAGAUGCAAAAUUCUGGGUGGGCCGCGGGUCGAAGCCCACUUCCCAGGGUAUUCGCAUUCCGGACGAGAACGGCAAGGAAACUCCGCUGCGUCGUUACGACAAGAAGACCAUCGUGUUGACCCUGCCCGGUGAUUUGACUGUGUUCGAUAUCGGGCACUUUGGUGUUUGGUGCGAGGCAUUCACCGUCGACUUCGGCCACGUUCGUAUCCCGGAUCAGGUCAACGUGCCGCCAUCGUUGAAGAUGCUGGGCAUCAGCCCACAGUCCAAGCUCAACUGCGAAGUGCUCCAGGAUGACCUAGCGUUCGAGGUGCGAUGGGCUGUUGCCGGCGAGAGCAUUGUCAUCCAGCUGGUGGCCAAACUAGAGGAUGGUGAGUACAUGUCGUUCGGAGUCUCUCCCGAUCAAGCUCGAACCGUAAUGGUGGGAGCCGAUGUGGCGGUGGUUUGGGUUGAUAAAGCUACCGGCAAGGGCUAUGCUCAGGAUUAUUAUUUGGAUGCCAAGUCUCAGUGCUCCGGCGGCCGAGGAAGUUGUCCCGAUACGCGUAUCAACGAGAAUAGUAACUCGAUCCGUCUGCUCAACGCGGCCAUGGUGAAUGGUUACUCGAUUGUUACCUAUCAGCGUCCAUUGAAGGCUUCCGACCAUCUCGAUUUGCCGAUUGUGACCAAUGGAUCGCAGGCAAUCGUUUGGGCUAUUGGACCGCUCAAUCAGCGCUACGAGGUGUCCUAUCAUUCGCAGUAUCUGAAGAGCAAUAAAUUGGUAGAUUUCGGUCGACAACCUUACUGGAACUGCCCAACUCCCGAGUCUGAUCAACACAAGUCGCAGCAUGCUCACCAGAAACAUCCAGCCCAGGGUUUGGAACCGAACCGACGGGUUGACGCGAUGCCACGACCCAAACAGCCAGCCACCGCUCGUCCGCCGGCCAAAGCAGGUGCGUGGGAGAUUCCGCCGAUUCAGUGCGACGAACCGGAGGAUGGCGUAUUUUAUGCUCAGAUGGGACCCACUGGGGGCAAGCAGGGGUACCCAGCCAUUACCGGCCAUGUCGGCUGGGGCAUCUCGUGGUACAUAAACGGAUUGCUGAUACCUGAAAUAAAUGUUGUGCGAGGUAAAACUUACAGUUUUGUGGUGGAAGCUGGAAUGGAUUCGGAUAUACCGGCCAAAUUCCAUCCAUUCUAUAUCACCGACGAUCCCGUCGGUGGUUACGAGCAUCAGGAAGAAGACGCCAGAAAGAACAUCCGCAUUUUUGCCGGCGUUGAAAAUGAUCGCAGUGGCCGGUUAGUACCGACCGGGAUUGGUCGAUUCUGCAAUUGGACCCCAAAUCCGGAUGGCCCACCUGCCGAUUCGUACCCAUCAUUUGGAGCCUACCAGCGUAGUUUGACGCUGAAAUGUGACGCCGGCGAGCCUGGAAUAGUGACCUGGACCCCGGACGCGAAUACCCCCGAUACGGUUUACUACCAAUGCUUCACCCAUCGAUAUCUCGGCUGGCGCAUUAACGUGCAUGAUUCGUGCGAUUUGGCUGCACCGAGCGAAAUCGAUGAGGUUUACGCCGACCCGGAUGAAGAGGGAAUUGCUGGCCAACCCUCGAUCCGACACGAAUCGAAACUACUGCCGUCCGAUAGAUUUCUCCAGCAGCACGAGAAUUUGAUUCACAAAAACGACAAGGACCUUAUAAAAAACCACAAUAUGAAUGCCGAUAAACCAAAGGACGAAGAGCAUAAGCAUAACCUGGAAGACGAUCCGGAGAUGACCAAGAUCAUCGAGGAUGGUAUUCGGGCAGCGGAGGAUCUCGAACAUAAGCUGAAGCAAAACCAAACUUUGGCCAACAAUUCUGAAAUCGAUGCGGGAGGUUCCAGCAAACCGAUUCUGUCUUCAUCCGGUUUACCGGUGUAUUUACGUCCACCAAGCAAUGGACCGAUGUUUCGGCCGGUGAAGUUACCAAUGCGCCGACCAAUAGCGGUUGAAAGACGCCCUGUCUUCACCGGACGUCCGACCCGACCGUACAUCAUCCCGCAGCCUUCCAUGAUCGUCAAUCACUACCAGAAACCGGUGAAUCCUAUGAUACGACCAUUCAUGCCAAAAAGUAAGCACCCGAUCAAAGCCAUUGCACCGAUCCUCCUACUUGGGGAAGCAACUGAGAUCAAACCAUUCCGCAAAGUGCCACCACAGGCAGCACUUGUUCAACCUCAGGAAAUGAUGCUCGUCAAACCGACUAAAUCCGUGUCGUAUAUGGUUCCCGAGAUCUCUCCACACCUCGCUAUGGGUCUGAAAAAGAUCGAACAAACUCCCAUCACGCUACCAAUCCGAUACACCAAACGUCCGGUGUAUAAAGAACCCCAGACUGUGAAACCUGUUUUCAAAACCGCUUACGAUGUUCAUGAGAGCAAGACACAAAUCGAAACAGUUCCGAGUGUUGGUUUUGAGCCAAGUUCGGUUGUUGUUGAGAGCGGUUUCAAACCGAUCUAUCGGCGCCAGGGAAUGCCGAAUGCGGAGUUUGACGAUCAUAUACGACAUCACGGGAACACAUUGCAGCGCCGUCAGGACGACGAUAUCGACGAGGCGAUAGAAAGCGAUGCGUUGAUGAUCGGCAGUGGUGAGCCACAAAGGCAAGCCUUCGAGCCCAUGUUCAUCCCAUCCCCACUGGACAGCAUGGCGAUGGCACAAAAGACAUUUGAGGCGGAAGAACGAAAAGAGCGCAUCAGGAAGUCUGAUCAGCUGAGUGGUGAUUUAAAGGAAAUGAAUGUGGAAGAAGGUGCAGACAAAAUGGCGAUGGCAGAUGACAGAGUUGAUUCGUUUUACCUUCCACCCGCCACCCAAAACGUGGUGAAGAUUUACCCCGAGGGUUCGGUUGUGUCCUACGAUGGGAAGGCAGUGUUAGAUGUGUCACUCUUGAACGCUCCAAGCAAUGUUCGGCAGGAGGCUGUCAAGUCGACAUCGAAAACAGAGCAGUUCAUUCGGGAUAACCCACAGUUCGGACCGUUCCGAGGAGAAAUCCCUCCCAUUUCGGAUUACGUUGCUCCCGAUGUGCAUCCAGUGUACAGCGUAAGGUCGAGUUCGGCACAACCACCGGUUUCCGAAUACUUGAACCCGCUUAUCCCGCCUGGGAUCAACGCGCAAGACAGUCCGAAACCAAUCUCUACCAAGUUGUCGAUCAUUAAACCUGCCGUUGAAGAGAAGGAGAACUCUCGAAAAAAGAGAGAGGCCCACCACCACCCGGAUCACCACGGUGACAGCCACGACGAUGGCUGGGAAGCACCGAAUGAAACCAGUGGACACUCGCAGAUCACCGUGGCUUCGUUGCUACCUUUACUUAGCACACUGAUAUUGCUCCGACGAGUAUUGUAAUGCGUGACCUGCAGCAUUUUUCUUUCACUUUGUUUUGGUUUAAGUUUUGUUAGAUAAGUUUUAUUUAAUGCCGAGUAGGAAGAACGUGCAAGAAACAAAAUUAAACACAAAUUACACACUGUAAAUAAUAAAGAAAACGUGAAAACGCGUUAAACUUA